AUGGCUGCGUCGAAUUGGGAAUAUGCUGGCGUCCGUCUUUCUAUUGAUAACUACAUUAUUCCCGAGGAGAAGCUUUCUCCAACUCCAUCAGCCUCAGAUGGAAUCGAUGCUGAAACGGAGGGAGACUUGCGGUUCCUUGGCUGUGAACUAAUACAGGAUUCGGGCUAUUUACUAAAAUUGCCCCAAAUGGCGAUGGCCACUGCACAAGUACUGUAUCAAAGGUUUUUCUACUCGAAGUCAUUUGCAAGGCACUUCUACGAGCACUAUUCGAUGGCUUCUAUAUUUUUGGCUGCCAAGAUUGAGGAGUGCCCUAGGCGGAUUCGCGAUGUGAUUAACGUGUUUCAUCACAUACGUCAGGCUCGUGAAGGCCGACCCUUCACUCCUGUUCUUCUAGAUCAAAGCUACAUAAAUCUCAAAAAUCAAGUUAUUAAGGCUGAACGUCGCAUAUUGAAGGAACUAGGAUUUUGUGUCCACGGUAAACAUCCGCACAAGCUUGUCAUAUGUUAUCUCCAAACACUUGGUCUUGAAAAGUCGGAAUUAGCCCAGAUUUCUUGGAACUAUAUGAAUGAUGUCCUGCGAACGGAUGUCUUCGUCCGUUAUUUCCCGGAGGCUGUCGCCUGUGCGUGCAUCUUCUUGGCCGCCAGGAAACUGGGAAUUCCUCUUCCACGUUAUCCUCCAUGGUGGGAAAUGUUUAAUGUUGAUGAAGAAUCUGUGCAUGAAAUCGCUUUAUGCCUUCAACGUUUAUAUGUUAGGUCGAAACCCGAUGUUAGUGCCUUAGAAUUACGCCUGGCGGAAAUUCGCAAAAAACAAGCUGAGGCUAGAGAAGUCGCCCUUGCAAGUUCAGCAGCGUCUAGGUCACUGAAUAAUCGGCCGUCAGACGAUGCUAGUUCGGGAAAUCCGUCGCCUUCAAAAGCUCCAGUUGAUAACUCUAAGCCAGACGGUGUUUCCCAGGCAGCAGCUGUCUCACUGACCUCAGUUGCAAAGCCAGGUCUUUCGCUUAAUCCGAAUAAUCUUGCGGCCCAUUUUUCCGACUCGAAGGGACCCAGGAGUCGAAGAUCUCCAGAAGAAAACCCUAAACCUGCAGCGGAUAUCAAGUCACUGAACGGUGAAGGGCAGCCGGGUCUCAAAGAAGAUCUGGAUGACAUCAGGUGA